AUGGACUGGGAUGCCGGCCGCGUCUCAUCGGUGGGCAUGGAGACCGCCCAGGCCUCCGACGCUCGGCAGACGUCGAGUCCAGCAGCUCUCCAGCGCCGGAUGCUGUCUUUCCUACGCGGCUUUCGCGUCGGCCCGUUGUUCUACUACCGUGAGCAGCUACUGGCCAACGCGCGCCGCCACCAGUGGUUCGUGACGGUGCAUCUGUCCCACGUCGCCGCGUUCGACCAAGAGCUGCAAGAUCUGUUGCUCAAGAGCCCGAAAGAGCAACUGCCGCUGCUCGAACAGGCGGCAAAGGAAAUGUUGGCGCAACUGCUCGUUGCCUCGCACGAGGCGUCGGUUGCCGCAACGGGGGAGACCGCAUCAGAUGCAACGGCAACCUUGAAGGGCAACGUGCCCGACAUCCAGGCAAUCCUCCGCAGUGACCAAACCCUCGUGCCCCUUCGGCUCGUGCACGCGCAGGAUAUCAACCGACUGGUGAAAGUCCCCGGCAUUGUCAUUAGCGCCACGCGCGUGCGCACCAAGUGCGUGUCGGCGUUGCUCCGGUGCCGCCACUGCGGCCACUCGAAGCGCGUGGCGGCGUCGGGCAUGGGGGGCGUGAGCAUCCCCCGCGUGUGUGACCGCACGCGCGACGACGCGCCGGCUGCGGGCGAGCGCUGUCCGUCGGACUCGUACGCGGUCGUGCCGGACCGGGGCGCGUACGUGGACCAGCAGACGCUCAAGCUGCAGGAGAUCCCCGAGGUGGUGCCCACGGGCGAGAUGCCGCGCAACGUGGCGCUGGUGGCCGACCGCCACCUCGUGGACCGCGCGUCGCCCGGUACGCGCGUGUCCGUCGUGGGCAUCACGUCGGUCCUCAACGCAGGCGGCCGCGCGGUCGGCGCCGUGGCCAUCCGCACGCUCUACUUGCGCGUCGUUGGGCUCGAGAUCGACGAAGAGGGCGCCGGCCGCGCCAAAGCCACGUUCUCGCCGGCCGACGAGGAGCACUUCCACGCACUGGCGCGCGACCCGCAGGUCUACGAGCGCCUGGCCGCCAGCAUCGCGCCGUCCAUCUACGGCGACUACACGGUCAACAUGAAGAAGGCCAUUGCGUGUCUGCUCGUGGGCGGCUCGCGCAAGCGCCUGCCGGACGGAAUGAUCCUGCGUGGCGACAUUAACGUCCUGCUACUGGGCGACCCGAGCACGGCCAAGUCGCAGUUCCUCAAGUUCACGGAGAAGAUCGCGCCCGUCGGCGUCUACACGUCGGGCAAAGGCAGCAGCGCCGCGGGCCUCACGGCGUCGGUGAUCCGCGACGCCAAAGGCGAGUUCUACCUCGAGGGCGGCGCGAUGGUGCUCGCAGACGGCGGCGUCGUGUGCAUUGACGAGUUCGACAAGAUGCGCGAGGCGGACCGCGUGGCGAUCCACGAGGCCAUGGAGCAGCAGACCAUCUCGAUCGCCAAGGCCGGCAUCACGACCAUCUUGAACUCGCGCGCCAGCGUCCUGGCCGCGGCCAACCCAGUGUUCGGCCGCUACGACGACAUGCGCUCGGCGUCGGAGAACAUCGACCUCAUGAGCACGAUCCUCAGUCGCUUUGACAUGAUUUUCAUCGUCCGCGACAUUCAGGACGACACGCGGGACCGCCAAAUGGCCGCGCACGUCGUGCGCAUGCACGCGAACGCGCCGGGCGUGUCGUCGGCCGCAGCACAGCCCUCGACGACGCGCCAGGGGGACGCGACCGCCGGCGACAUUGAUCCGUGGCUGCUGAAGAAGUACUUUACCUACUGCCGGACGCGGUGCGCGCCCCGUCUGUCGGUGGGCGCGGCCCAGACGCUGCAGGACUUUUACGUGGGCGUCCGCGACGACGUCCGACGGACGCAGGGCGGGGAGACGACGAUCCCCGUGACGGUCCGUCAGCUCGAAGCGCUCGUCCGGAUCGCCGAGUCGCUGGCGAAGAUGCGGCUCUUGAACGAAGCCACGCGGGAGCACGUGCAAGAGGCGAUUCGGCUGUUUAGCGUGAGCACGAUGAACGCGGCCAAGGACGGCGGGACGCAGGGGCUGUUUGGCGCGUUCCACGAGAAGGCGCACGAGGUGGAGCAGAGCAUUUAUCGGACGCUGCGGAUCGGGACGCGCGUUGAGACGAGUGCGUUGUACAGUCGGUUAGAGGCCCAGGGGUACAACCCGAACGCCAUUCAACGAGCGAUUCGGGCGAUGGUGCAGAAGGGAGCGCUGCGACAGCUGAGUCAGUACAAGUUUGUCUCGCGCGUCAAGUAG